AUGGCCGCCGCAGAAACGCGCAGGCUGCUUGAGCAGCUGAUGGGCGAGCAGCUCAUGAGCGGAACCGACCAGCGCGCGCCCCAGCUAAACAUUAACGACACCAAGGUCUGUCGCUCUUACCUCGUAGGCAACUGCCCCCAUGACCUCUUCACCAACACCAAGAACGAACUGGGUCCCUGCUCCAAGGUGCACAACGAGGCGCUCCGGACCGAGUACCAGGAGGCAGACGCGGAACAGAAGCGCAAGUGGGGAUUCGAGUUUGACUACAUGCGCGACAUGCAGCAUCACAUUGACAGCUGUAAUCGCAAGAUAGACACUGCCCAGCGCCGCCUAGAAAAGACGCCUGAAGAGAUCAGGCAGACCAACGCUCUUCUCAAAGCGAUUAACGAACUGACCAAAUCGAUCGACGCCGGUAUGCUCGAGAUCCAAAUCAUGGGCGAGGAAGGCAUGGUCAACAUGGCCGUCCAAGAGUUCACCAAGGUCCGUUACAAGAAAGCCGAGAAGGAGGAGCGAGAGAGGGAGCUUCGCGCUCUGUCAGACACCGGAGGUCCAUCUGGACACCAGAAGCUUCAAGUGUGCGACGUAUGUGGUGCGUAUCUCAGCCGUCUUGACAAUGAUCGGCGUCUAGCAGACCACUUCUACGGAAAGAUGCAUCUCGGCUAUGCUCAAAUGCGCAAGUCCUACGAAGCCCUGUCCAAGGAGCUCAAGGACCGCCAGCCACCCCGCAAUUCCUACGCUCCCUCCGGCGGCGACAUGGACCGAGGCGGCGGUGGAGGCUGGGGAGGAGGUGGUGGAGGAUACGGCGGCGGUGGCUUCCGUGGUGGACGUGGAGGUCGUCGCGGAGGCAGAAGAGGCGCUUGGUAA